CUUUUGUUUCCAAAGGUGGGAGAGGUCUGAGGUGUGAAUGGUCAUUAACAUAUCUUUUGUUUCCAAGGGUGGGAGAAGUCUGAGGUGUGAAUUGGUCAUUAACAUAUCUUUUGUUUCCAAGGGUGGGAGAGGUCUGAGGUGUGAAUGGUCAUUAACAUAUCUUCUGUUUCCGAGGGUAGGAGAGGUCUGAGGUGAGAAUUGGUCAUUAACAUAUCUUUUGUUUCCAGGGGUGGGAGAGGUCUGAGGUGUGAAUGGUCAUUAAAAUAUCUUCUGUUUCCAAGGGUGGGAGAGGUCUGAGGUGUGAA